CGCAGACGGCAGUCCGGUAGAGCCCGUUGUCGCACAAGCAUUCGUUCGUUUUCAUCGACGGUUUUCGGCAAAAUUUUUUCCAAGUUCCUCCGCUAUUUGCACAUCCAACUCCGCGCCCGUUUACCUUGAAAACAUAAAAUAAAACCUCGCCAAAAUGUCAAUCGACUCCGUAACUUUACCGAUUUUCGGACGCACGCCAAUCGCGUGAGAACGCCUUUGUCGCGCAGAGCGUAGAUAUAAACGGCGAGCGUAUUUUCAAAUUUAACAAAAGAUAACAUAAUUAUAGUAUUUUGGAAGAGAGAGAGGGAGAGAAAGUGAUGUGAAGUGCGAAUUUCAGUUUCUUCGGGUAAUAUUAUAGUGAACGAGUGAUUGGAUAUAAAGAGGAGAUAAUCAAUUUCUGCGCAAAUAUUUUGUCACUUUAUAUAGAUAAACAAAAUAAAUCACGGAAAAACAAAAUAUAAGCAAGAAACGUUAAAGAAUCUCGAUUCUCGACGGCGGUUCAGUGUCAUUUAAAUGCCAAAAUCAAGCUAACCACGAAAAUGUUGAGUGUCUUUUGCGCGGAGAUGUUACACGAAACAUGAGGAACGGAGUGACUUCUGAAUACUGCAGCGAACCCCAGCAGUUACCACCCGAUAGCACAAUCCAUAAAUGACUAACUUGGCGCACCCGAAUUGGGAUAUUUCUGUACAUCAUGCUUUGCACUUUAGUUUUACUAUGCAUGGUCAGCCAAACUCUUGCACAAGGCUACAACAUACACAAACACAUGACAACGGAAGAGAUGCUGUCAGUUUUCCACACCGAGCAACAAGAUUUGGUGCCUGAAUACGAGGUGAUACCGAUUCGCCACACGUUGCCAAAGAGGAGCAUCAAUUCUGAGCCCGAAUUGCAGCUUCAAGCUUUCGGAAAAAAUUACAAUCUCUCCUUAAAGCCGACACGUGGCCUUUUACCUGCGAAGGAUCUGCCGAUUUGGACUGUCGAGAAAAACAGUUCCCAACCAGACGGUCUUCAUUACGUUGACGUAUCCGAGGGAAGCGUUGAUAUAGGCGAUAUUUACCAAGACAGGAGCAACAUGGCGUCCAUUCUCCUUCGGCGAGAUGAAAAUGGAAAAGUUCUCGUGGAAGGAAAUAUAGGGUCAGAAUUAGUGAUACGACCGUUACCAAAACGAAUUUUAAAAGAUGUUGUGAGAAAUUCGCAAGAUUCGCAGCACGGGAAAUCAAAGCAGGAUGACGUUACACGUACGAAAAGAAACCUAAAGCACACACAUCAUCACGUCAUUUACAAGAGAUCGCAGCCACUGCAAGACGACGAUUACAGUGAUUUUGCGUUCAUGGAGCCUGAUCGUCUGGGAAAGAGGUUUAGAUCGAAACGAUCGAUCGGUAGUAGAUCAAAGCGCGAAGCGCCAUACGCCAUCUUUCCGGAAAUCCUGUGUAUCGUAGAUUACGACGGGUACAGGCUACACGGCGGAGAUAAUGUACAGAUUAAAAGGUACUUCGUCUCAUUCUGGAAUGGAGUUGACUUGAGAUACAAAUUAUUGAAGGGUCCAAAAAUUCGCAUCAGCAUCGCGGGUAUUAUUAUUUCAAGAGGUAGAGACGCUACGCCGUAUUUGGAACAGAAUCGCGUUGGUCGAGAUGCUAUAGAUUCAGCAGCUGCCUUGACCGAUAUGGGGAAAUACCUUUUCCGCGAAAGGCGACUUCCGGUCUACGACAUUGCAGUAGCGGUUACAAAAUUAGAUAUGUGCAGGAGGCAAUACGCGAAUGACGUGUGCAAUAGAGGAACUGCAGGUUUUGCAUAUGUUGGUGGAGCCUGCGUCGUUAACAAACGUCUUGAAAAAGUCAACUCUGUCGCGAUUAUCGAGGAUACUGGAGGCUUCAGCGGGAUUAUCGUCGCAGCCCACGAAGUUGGACAUUUGCUUGGCGCUGUCCAUGACGGUUCUCCACCACCAAGUUAUCUCGGUGGUCCCGGCGCCGAAAAAUGUCGUUGGGAAGACGGCUACAUAAUGAGUGAUCUCAGACACACGGAAAAGGGUUUCAAAUGGUCCCACUGCAGCGUCUCGUCGUUCCACCAUUUUUUAAAUGGGGACACAGCCACGUGUCUUUUCAACGCGCCACACGAGGACGAAGCACUGCCCAGAGUUCUUCCAGGAAAGCUGUUAUCUCUUGAUGCGCAAUGUCGAAAAGAUCGCGGCACUAGUGCAUGCUUCAAAGAUGAUCGGGUGUGUGCGCAAUUGUUCUGUUUUGAUGCUGGUUCGGGUUAUUGCGUUGCCUAUCGACCAGCAGCUGAAGGAUCGCCUUGUGGCGAUGGGCAGUAUUGUUUAAAUGGAAGAUGUGUAGCAGAACAUGAAAAUAUAAUUCCUGAUUACACGCAAAAUGUACCGACGUAUAUCCGCCGAGAAAAUGUCUACAAUACGGAGCCCCAAAGCCGUACAAUAUACUCCAACUAUAACACUACAGAAAACAGGUACCAGUGGGAUUCAACGACACGCAGCAGUUUGCCACAAAAAUAUAAUUUUUCACCAGAAUUACCGAAUGUCUAUACAUUCACGAGUACUAACAAUCCGUUUAAAUAUUCCUAUUUAUUCACAUCACCAACAACAACGACAACGACGAGACUCAGAGCACCAGAAACGCAAGCAACGCCUGAAGUGUUCUCUAAGUACACACAAAAAAUCGCAGAGAAUUUAUUGACAGAUGUUGAGUUACCGAAAAAAACGUAUGGUUACUCAACUUAUUCGACUAUCAAUUUAUUCCCAACAACAAGAACAACAAUAAUACCGCCGGCAGUAAAGAAUUACAAUAGCCAAAAUGAUCUGAAUUAUCCUAAUUUUACACCCUUUGAGUAUAAAAAUUCAUUUCCGUCGACAACAUUCGGCAACAUUGGAGCAUUUAAUGGCCAGCUAAUUCAUAGUCGUGAAACAAGCGGCGAUGAAUGCAUAGACUCGGGAGGUGACUGCGCAGAGUUGAUCGGCAGGCUGCGGACUUGGCUGUGCCAUUUGCAAUCUGUGAAAAAACGUUGCUGUGCAUCACUAAAAGUUCUUUGUGCUACUUAAGAGCGAAGAUUCGAUACUCAUCGACAAUUGAUUUUUGUUUUUUCCUUUGUUUUUUUUUUUUUUUUUUUUUUUUGUUUUAAAUUAUGUUGACAAAACCUAUUGAAUAAUAUGUCUAUUUUUAAUUCGUAAUUCGUUUCAAAAAAAUAAAACUAAAUUAUAGCAUGCAAUCUCAAGGGUGAAUCAGAUUUUCCACCACUCCUACGAGUGUGAUAGUAUUUAUUUCUGUGUAUAAUAAUAUGUAAUUUUUUUAUAAAAAAAAAAGUCUUGUUAAAUUUAAUCAUAUACAAGAUAUUGUAUACAGGUUUAUUCAUUCUUUCCUGAAAACCAGCGAUAUGCCAAUGUGGAAAUUGGUAGAGAUUCGUGGUACUUUAGAUCAAAGCCCGUCCUAGGAUUGACUGGCGUAGCUGUCACGUUGUUCGAACCAAAGCCACACGUCGUACGGAUGUUGAGUUUCCUAGCCGUGCGGUCAUUAUAGCUGCGACAAUGCUACGACAAUGACCGCCCGGCUAGGGAACUUAAGUUCAUGUAACACUCCUGUCUGUACCGACCGAGCAAACUCACCAUUUCUCUUCCUAUAAAUAAAUAAACAAACGAACGGAAAAGGUUCAAAUUUCGAUGGUGCAUCAAUCUUUUGUAGCGGAUUCCGGAAAGUUACUCAUAUCUCGAAAAUCAUCGAAUAAAUGUGUGGCUUUUUGUUACGCGUUGCUAUUCCCACAUUUCCCGCAUUUCAGGGGCCAAAAAAUGCAUAGUUGAGAUACUUUACGCAAUUCCGGACAGAAUGAAGAGUAAAAUGAGGCCAUCGUGAGACUGUUUUCAUGCAAUAUUGAGGUCGCUAGACGACAACUAGGAAUUACAACAAUUUCGAUGGUAAAAAUUGUUAAGCUGAUCGUGAGAGCAUCGUUUACUUAAGAAAUUACUAUAAUUCCUAGUUCUUGUCUGGCGACCUCAAUAUCACAUGAAAACAGUCUCACGAUGGCUCAUUUUACUCCUUAUUCUUUACGGAAUUGCGCAAAAUAUCGCCGCUACGCACUUUUUCGCCUCUGAAAGGCGGAAAAUGUGGGAUUAGUAACGCGUGUCAAAAAAAUACACAUUUUUUCGAUUUUCGGAAUAUGAGUAAGUUUCCUGAAUUUCGCUACAGAAGAGCGAUGCACCGCCGAAAUUUGAACCCUUCCACAGAUUUAUUUAUUUGAUAUAGGAAGAAAAAGAGUGAGUUUGUUCGGUCGGUAAAGCAAGGGGUGCUACAUGACCUUAACGGUCGACGUCUGGCUCUGACUUGAACCUCGUGACAAACGCGUCGGUCAAUCCUGGGACACACUUACGAUCCCAAAUACCACGAAUCCCUAUCCGUUUCUACAUUGAUAUAUCGCUUGGUGCUCAGUAAACAAUGAAUGUGUAUGUUACUUUAUUUAUAGAUACAUGUAAUUCAUAUCCUGAUUAUACGAGAGACCGGUGCAAAGUGGGUACCUCAGCAAAGAAAAAUUCUUCGAAAAUUUUUGAUUUAUGGUUUUAAUUAAGAAUCUUUUACAUAUAUCGUGAAAUUUUUUAUAAUCUCGACCAUUUUGUACUCCAGUGAGGCCCACUCAAUAUUCGUGUUAUUUUAACAUUAUGUCAAUUUAAUAUUUGUUCUCCCGUAUUAACAUUUAAUUUGUAAUUUUUAUAUUUCUGUGAUUCAAUAACAUGAGUUGAAAAUUUGGAAAUACACGCAAAAGUUCGAGUAAACCUUCUGGAACAUCCUUUUUCUGAACGUUCAAUAGCAUUUAUUCAGAUGUGACGACUCCUUUUGGACCAGGUGAUCUUUUGCACUGGUCGAGGUACGAAGGAAUUGUUUCAUGAAAUAAGGAAAAGACUUUAUAUUGAAUAACGUUAUCAACGAAUUUUGGAUGUUUUUUUUUUUUUACUGAGCUGCCUACUUUGCCCUGGUCUCCCUUACAUAUAUUCAAAGAAUCUAAAUAUCUACUAGACACAUUCGCAGGUGAUGGGAUUUAAAGAGAAGAACGUCAAUAGGGAAGUUUCGUGUAAAAAAAUUCUACUUUUUAUGUGUGCAUAAAGUAGAGUAUAUAUAAAUUAUUGUAAUUUUUUUUCAUUUCCGUUAACAAUAAUGUUUGCAAAAGUUAAAUGCAACUGAAUUUUGCUGUUUUCGCUGUUUUCACUGUAUAUUAUAUAUGUAGAUGUACUUUAGCAAGGGUGAAGUCACAUAGUACCUUUUUUAUCCUGCUGUAUCAGCUACAACGUUGUUACAAAUGAAAAAAGAAAAAUCGUGUUCUAGUUUUUUUCUUUCUCAACUACUAAAAUAUCAAAUAAAAAACUUUCAUGAAGCUUCCCCAUUUAGGCUUCUUAUUAAGCGCUGACAUGUAUGAAUGAUGAAAAUAAAAAUAAAACUGACCAAUUUUCAAUGUUGACCGGCUCUCCGUGGAAAGUUAUGCAGUGUUGUGAACGUAUCUGAGAAUGUAUCAGUAUUAAAGUUGCGCGUAUAUGUAAUUACUACAGUGGAACAUUAUGAAACUAACAGCUAGAAUUAGCAGCCAAACGUUCUAAUGUUCUUUCGCAUAAGGUAGUGAAGUCUGAAAGACCAAAUUUUGUGACAUACCGUAAACCCCUAAUGCUUUUAUAGAAUUACCAGAAUAAAACUGAACUGCAUUUUUCUAUUUCCAAAAAAUUUGACACGUUGCGCUGCUAACUCUGGCUACUAGCUCAGCUUCAUCAUUACGUGGGAAAGAUUUAAGUUCUUUCAUGAAGUAUCUUAAUAAACUUGAAUAUUUCAUUCGGAUCAAAGAUUGUCUCAUCGUCAGCAACUAAUGAGUGUAAAACUGAAUAACUCAUUGUAUAUGUACCUGGAUUUUCGAUGUGUGACUAUUCUGGGUUGUAAAAAUUAUACAUAAUGCUCCUUUGUAAUUUGGAUAUAGAACUGAGUUGGCCAAA